AUGUUUGAUGAAACUACGGAUAUUUCAUGCACCGAGCAACUUACUUUAGUAUUGAGGUAUGUGAUAAAUAAUGAAAUUCAUGAAGAUUUUGUGACAUUUUUGGAUGCUUACCAAUCUAUUAGACAAGAAGAUAAAUCAAAUUCCGGGGAGUCAAAGCUUACUGGACAUGCUCUUGGACAUAUUGUUAUUGAUGUUUUAACUAAAGAUUUUGGGAAUGCCUUAAAAUUAUGUGUUGGAAUUGGUACUGAUGGGUGUAGUGUGAUGAUAUCGCAAGAUUGUGGAGUGGUAACAGAAAUUUUAAAACAGUGUACAAAUGCUGUUCGUUGCCCUUGUUAUAACCAUGCAUUAAACAACUCUUUGGCCCAGUCAUCUAAAAUAGUUACAGUAAGAAAUACGAUUGGAACAUUAAAAGAAAUAAUUUCAUUUUUUAAUGCUUCAGCAAAAAGACAUUUAGUUUUGAAAAAUAUCCUUGGCAAAACCUUAACUGGUUUGUGCCAGACCAGAUGGAUUGAGAUGCAUGAUGGUAUCUUGCAAUUUAAAUCAGCUCUCCCUAAGAUUGUUGAAGCACUAACUGAAGUAUCAAUGUGGUCAGAAAGAAUAUCAUCUAGCAAAGCUUCAAUUUUGUUGUCAGCCAUAAACAAUAGUGAGUUUAUUAUAUGUAUAUUAGCUAUGGUUGAUGUACUUAAACUAACAAUGCCAAUAUCACGACUUUUGCAAUCAACGUCAUUGGACUUAGCAAAUGCUUCUUCAUCAAUAGAUGGGGUAAAAGAAAUUUUAGAGGAAAAACGUAAAAAUGUUGUUUCUGAAUUUAAAGCAAUUUUUUCAAAUGCAAGUGACUUAGCUACAGUUAUUGGAUUUGACUUAAGAAUGCCUAGAAUAGUUGGGAAACAAAUAAAUCGUAGCAAUUAUCAAGCGAAAGAUACUGAACAAUAUUAUUUGCGAAGUAUUUACAUACCACUAUUGGACACUGUGAAAACAGAUAUGACUUUGAGAUUAUCAACCAGUAAUUUAGAAGCUUACGAUUUACGUUUAUUAAUUCCUAAAACAAUUGUAGUGUUAACUGACAAAGAUUCCUGCGAGAAAAAAAAUAUAAUAAAAAGAAUUUUAAACGUAGCAACUAAAUUUUCUAAAUUAUAUGCAGAAGUUAAAUUGAUGACUCCUGAUUUAUUAGAAGGUAUCUACUUAAUAACAAAUAACCAAACAUAA